AUGGCUUAUGAUGAGCCUGAAGCAAUUAUUUUUCUAAUUGAUAACUCAGAUACAUCAAUAAAUGGCGAUUUUGAUCCAUCACGCCUUGAUGCACAGAAACUUGCCUGUGAAAGAUUGGCUAGUUACAAUUUGAAGCAGUCUCCUCAAACAGAAAUCGCUAUUGGAUCCAUCGGAUCGGAAUGUUUUGGAAUACAGCAAUCAUUAUUAAAUACUACAAGUAAAUUACACAAAACUUUUGAUAAAAUUUAUCCAGGAGGUGAAGCUCUUGUUACAAAAGGCCUCUUAUGCGCAAUGUUAGCUCUAAAGUAUGCAAGCAGAUUCAUUACUUCGAAAAGAAUUGUACUUUUUCUCGGAUCCAAAAAUAAUUUAACAAAUGAUGACGCAAAAAGUAUUAUAGAGAAAGCAAAUGACGAAAACAUUUCAAUAGACAUCAUUGCAUUCGGUACAGAAGUUGAUAAAUUAGGCGUUUUAGAAAUGAUAACUAGAUAUACUUAUUCUGAGUCAUUUUAUAUUCGAAUCAGAAACUCUCAUAACAUACUAAGUGAUUCCGUGUUGUCAUCUGUUCUUGGUCCAGGUUCUACACAAAAUCAACCAGAAUCUUUUGAAGAAGAUGAUGAACUGACUGCCGCAAUCAAAGCAUCGCUUGAAGAUUCGGAUGAUAAUGAUUUCUACAAUACAAAUGAAGAAAUAAUUUAA